AUGUCGAGUAGUUGUCGUUCAUGUCCAUCAUCAGGAUCACUUAACUCUGAACAGAAAGCUAUCCCGAUCAGAAUAGUUCAGCCUCAGGCCUCAUUUCGAAUGGUAAAACAAAGUGCUCCGGCCAGUUGUCCAUGUGCUGCGACAGCUUCGUCCUGUGCGUGUGAUACAAUGAGAUCAUCAUGUCCAUCCGCGGGUGUUGCUCCAUCGCCAGUUUCCCUUCCGACACCCAUGGCUUGGGGUAGUCAGCCCACAAUGACAAUGAUUACUAAUUCGGGAAGCUGGACAAUGACAUUACCAUCAACUGCACCAGCUCAGGUCCCAGUACCCGUCCCAGUACCAGUUCCUGUUCCAGUACCAACACCAACACCAGUACCAGCACCAGCACCAGUACCAAUACCAGCUCCACCCGCUCAAAUAAUCACAAUGCCACCAAUAAAUUCAGGUUGGGGUCCAUCAGUUAUACCCGCUCCCGCUCCUGUUCCCGUUCCAGCUCCAGUGGCAACUAUGCCCAUCGUAACAAAUGGGUGGCAACCAAUGCCACCUCGAGUUCAAAUACCGCCAUCAAUACCACCAAUGGGCUGGUCAAUGCCGACCCCUUCACCCGUCCCUUCACCUGUCUCUCCACCCGCUAUGAUGAUCAUGGGUUGGGCUCCUAGUCCAGCCCCAGUCCCAGCCCCAGCUCCAAUACCAGCACCUGCACCAAUCCCUGCAAUCAUGAUGGGCUGGGCUCCAGCACCAGCACCAGCUCGUCCCCCACCAUCACCACCUCCAAUGAUGAUCUUGGCUCCGUCAAUGGGCUGGGGUAGUCCAGCUCCAGCCCCAUCACCCGCUCCUGUCCCAUCAUCAGGCUGGGGCGCGCCAAGUCCAACCGGAAACUCAAAGUGCAAUAAUAAAGGUUGUGGGUCAGGUAAACAAAAGGUACUUUAUAUUGUCGUUGAAGAGCAAAAAAUGACUCCGAUGAUGAUGAUGAAAGAUAGUUGGGAUUAA